CUUUUCUCUAUGUGAAUCCUAGUUUUUCUGAGGGUUUCUGCUUUGCGGCAGAAAGGGUAGCUUGCCUGUCUUUCCGCGAAUUCUUGGGGGGUUUGUGCGUGUAGUUGACUUCGUGGGACUUCAUUUUCAGGAGGUUUUACCCGUUUUAUGCCCUUAAUUCUGGUGAGUUUCGGAAACCCCUGGUGGCAAUUCGAGGGGGUUCUUUGAAUUGGGUUCCGCAUUUCCGCAGGAUUUAGAGGUGAUUCGAGCUCAUCAGAGCCUGGCACGGUGUUUCCUAUGGUUUGAGAUAGAGGGUUGUAUUGGGGUCUUGUUUUGUUUGGAUUUGAUUCUGUUGGUGUGGGAAAAAGCAAGGUUCUUGUUUUCAUUAUAGGUGAAACUCGAGGGGGGGUUUUAACGUAGAGGGUUUUGAAAAUAAAUGUUAGUUCCGUGUAUUCAACAAGAAGAUAGAGAUUUUUUCCUUUCGUUUUCUUUUGUUUCUGGGGAGUUCGUGGUUUUGAAAGGGGGGAAAUUAACUAAGGUUUGAGGUUGAGGAAUUGGGAAACUAGGAUGGAUGAUGCUUUGUCUGGUUCGAAUUCGCUGCCUCCGUUCCUUGCAAAAACGUACGAGAUGGUGGAUGAUCCCUCCACUGAUUUAGUGGUGUCGUGGAGCCAGAGUAAUAAGAGCUUUGUCGUGUGGAAUCCGCCUGAUUUUGCGAGGGAUCUGCUGCCGAGGUUCUUUAAGCACAACAACUUCUCCAGCUUCAUUAGACAGCUGAAUACAUAUGGUUUUAGGAAGGUUGAUCCGGACCAAUGGGAAUUUGCGAAUGACGAUUUUGUAAGAGGUGAGCCACACCUUUUAAAAAACAUACACAGACGAAAACCAGUCCAUAGCCAUUCAAUGCAGAAUCUGCAAGGACAAGGAAGUGCGUCUCCUUUAAGCGAACCGGAAAGACAGAGCUUGAACGAGGAGAUUGAGAGGCUUAAACGCGAGAGAGAACGGCUUCUUUUGGAGUUACGGAGGCACGAUGAGGAACGGCGUGGAUUUGAGCUGCAAAUCCAGCUAUCGAAGGAGCGUUUGCGGCAAGUAGAGCAGCGGCAGCAAAAUUUGAUGUCAUCUGUGGCUGGAUUCUUGCGGAAACCAGGACUUGCCUUGAAUUUCGUGACACAAUUGGAAAAUCACGAGAGAAAGAGAAGAUUGCCAAGAGCAAGUUGCUUCUAUGAUGGAGCCAGCGUUGAAGAGAAUGAGAUGGAGACUUCCCAAAGCGUCCUUAGAGAAAGUGGGCCGAGUACUUCUGAUUCGACAUCGAACAUGGAGCCGUUUGAGCACUUAGAGUCAUUGCUGUUAUUUUGGGAGAAUAUCGUGCAUGAUAUUGGUCAAACUUCCAAUAAACUUAAUUCGAAAGGGGAAUUGGAUGAAUCUCUAAGUUAUGAUGAGAGCCCGGCUAUAUCUUGCUUACAGCUUAAUGUUGACCGUCGGCCUAAAUCUCCUAGAAUUGACAUGAACUCUGAACCUGCUACAGCUGCUGCUCCAGAGUCCGUUGACCCUGUUGCCUCUGAAGGACAAGCAGCUGGGAAUGCUGCUACCAUGCCCACUGGGGUCAAUGAUGUUUUCUGGGAACAGUUUUUGACUGAGAAUCCUGGCUCAACCGAUGCAAAGGAAAUUCGGUCAGAGAGAAAUGAAUUGAUGGCAGAAAGAAUGAAACCAAACCUGGCAAUCGUGGCAAAUUUUAGUGGACGAUAAACAACGUAAAUAACCUUGCAGAGCAGAUGGGGAAUCUUACUCCAGCAGAGAGAACUUGAUACCGGUUGAUUCCCAUAUCCGGCUUUUGAUGCCCCAGUGGCACACAUGUAAUAAAUUUAGAAAUUUGACAAUAUGAAGCUGCUAUAGAACGUGCCCAUAUGGUACUGCUACAAAGCUGGUCCGCAGCACUGAGUAUGUUAGUACACUUCGGUACCAGACUUCUUGCAUCUGCUGAGGAGUGGAUGCAUUCUUCCCCAUACAACGGGUGCAUGGUGCAUACUUCUCUCCACUUCCAAUUCAUCAUUCAUAGAAAAAGUGAUGUCCAUCACUGAACUCUACCAAACCCAUGCCAACUGAAUGGAAACAUGAGCAUAAAGUUCAAUAUAUAAAAUGCAAAGGAAGCCAGAUAGUUGCUUGUCCAAUUGAUUUCUUAUCUGCAUGUGCCGGAGUCGGGGCUUCAGGCCAAGAUGAAUUGAUUCGGACUUUUGCUGAAGGAUGGACUAAACAUCGAUGGUUUGCUUUCCUGUUAUGCUUUUUAUAUGCAUUCUUAACAUGGGAGCAUUAAGAAGCCUUUGAAAGUAUUCAGAAAUAAGAAUGGUCGAUCGGCUCAAGCUCAAUAUGCUUAGUAAGGACGAGGACAUGAGGUGGAUGGUGAGAUCAGAGGUUCCAGAUCUGUGUGUGUUUAUGACUAACAAAAAAUAAUAAUUACUUUGAGAAUGGAUAUUGGUAUAUAAAAGGUUAUUCCACUCUGUUUAGACCCUUCAUAACUUUGGAGAAAUUUUGUUGCCUCAUGCAUCAGUUUAUCCAAUGGCCUACCAUAAUGAGGAUGGCGAAAAGAUACUAUACAGGCAUGUAACUUCAACUCAAUACAAUUUCAUUUUGUAUUUCAUCUCCAUAAAUGAAUGUUGUAGCUUGGAGUUGCUUACACAGAUUAA